AUGUCUAAUCCAAUCUACUUGGACUAUGACGACUUUGUUGAAACAAUCCAUGAUCUCCUACCACGUCUGCCGAAGAUCCUCCAAAACAGGUUCAAUCGAGAGAUAGUGAAUGAAACCUAUGGUACCCCUACUGCCCCAAAAGAUGGCACACUACUGAAGUAUGCUAUGGGGGAAGGCAAUGAGGAACAAACCAUCUCACCUCUAUCCAUCCUAAUCGAAUGUGUUAGUAGCCUUUACAAAGCAAUGCACAACCUCGGCCCAUUCGCUAGCCGAAUUGAACUUGGUAAAGGGAUGCGAGCUAGAGUGGUCCUCUUCCUCGCCAAUGAGGAGUGGGAUGUGAACUGUAUACUUGACCUCAAGAUCGAGGGUCUGGUCGAAGCUGCCUGGAAUAUUGAACGACACUACCACCCUGUUAAGAGUGAAGCGCCAACAUCAGCUAGAGGCAACACUCCCACUCUAGACUUAAAUGUCACCAGCUGUCAUCUCGUUGGGUAUGAAGCUACGCCAGGGCCUACUCCAGAGCUUAAUGCCAUCAUAAACCAUCACCUCAAGGUACUUUCGGGCCUCAAUGACAGAAUGAAGUGGGACAAACGAGACCUCCUCGAUCCGAGGGAAGUCUCCGUGCAUGUUUGGCAAUGCAAGAUAUUCACCUUGUUGUCGGUUGUCCCUUUCACACGAAAUGUUCUCAACCGAAAGGUGGUGACUUUUGAGGAUGCUGAUUCUAUACUUAGCUCAAUCAUCAUGCAUAGCUUCUCAAAUAAGUUGUGCACAGAAUACUUUGCCGAAUAUGGCGAUCGACCAAUACCGAUCGCUGUAGAUCUAUUCGAAUGGGCACUAAACAAGUGUAAAGCAUACUCCACCGCUAAAGAAUACGAGCUCUGCAGCGCCACCUAUGGGUUAUGUUGGGACCAGAUUGGAAGUCAUGCUUAUGACUUCCUAACCAAAUGGGAAGCCCAUGUGUCGGAGCUUCAUACAUACCUACAGGAACCUUGGACACUGGAUUAUCACUACAGGACACUCAAGCACGCCCUACCUUCAGACAAGAAUGCACUAUUUAACUCAGUGUUUAUAUUGCAUGAGAAACUCAAUGGAAAGGAUCAAACAGCCGAAAGUGUAGCUGACAUCCUAAGUCAGUGCUAUGAGCUUGCCGCUGAGAGUGCGCCUGUGCAUCUAUCCCCUAUAGCCAAGGUGUCUGAACUUACUGCAUUGCGAGCAGCUACAUUGAUUAACUGCUGGGCUUGCGGGGACCUUGGCCACGUGGCUAAUAGAUGCCCAGAUGCCGAAGCCCAUGCAUGA